AUGGUCCUGUCGUUCCUUUUAUUAACGGUGAACGCGAAUGGUGAUGUUGUACAGAAUCAAAUUGAACCAGCAGAUGGUAUCACCGAUCCACAGGCAUUUGAAGCAAUUUACCCAGACAAAAAUCUUAUUCAGGAUGAUAAUAUUUUCCAUGCAGCACUUGUUAAUAUUGGUGGGAUGGGAACUGUUUAUUCUUACACUUUUCGUACUGUAAACGCGUUCUUUCUUACAGAAAACCGUACAUUUGUCACUUGGGAAGAAGCACAAGAUCAAAUCCUAGCACUGUAUAACCGAAACAUAAUCGAACAAGGACCGGUUGAGGGAAACUUGCACAGUUUUGAAAUAUUUGUAAAUCCGUAUCCCAUGGAACCUCAAGGUCAAGUCGGUGUCGUUAUAUGUACCUUGGAAUAUUCAAAUGGUCCACCAAAAGGCGAAAGACCAGACUGGCAUAUCAUUCCUCAUGAAUGGGUACGAAAUGGUUUUGUUUGGGCUUGCAAUAAAUUUCAAGAAGUUGUCCCUGUUCUCUUGAAUCUUCUAAUGUUGGCUACGACAACAGAUCAGCCUGUGACAAUGAAUGCUGUUGAAGCUUUGGAUCCAUUAUCUGGUUUAGCAGUGUCUGGUGAGGUUACCGUAAGCGAGUGUGCUAUGCAAACACAAAACGCUGAGGAUGUCAUACAAAAGAUACAAGCUUUGAUAGAUCAAUAUCAACAAAUACAAGGAGAAAACGAAAAUCAAUUUGCAACUACUCCUUUUGCUGUGAGGUUCUCUAGCCCGACGAAUGCAUACAUGGCUAUGCAAUACAAUCACCAGUCAAUGAUGAUUAUCAGCAAUAUAUUGGUUGGAACACCAAAUGCAGAUAAUACUCUACAGCAGUUUAGAGAUUUGAUGCGAAUCGAAUUCAGUGGCCGACCUCACUGGGGUAUGGUUCAAAACUUAGACGCAAACGAGGUUGGACAGAUUUAUCCAGCCAAUAACGGUGUUGAUCCUGUUGAUGUAUUUAGAAAUGUAAUGCAGCAACUUGAUCCUGACGGGAUUUUCAGGAAUCAAUUUAUCAACAGAGUUUUUUUCCCAGGGCAGAAUCAAUAG